AUGAUCGUCCACCAGCAUUUCUUCUUGCUUCUGAUUCAGUUCCUCCUCGAUUAUAUGCUCCUGGCUCUUGGUUCCCCAGGCCCACAGGCCCAGGCCCACAGGCUCAGGCCCACAGGCCCAGGCCCACAGGCUCAGGCCCACAGGCCCAGACCCACAGGCCCAGGCCCACAGGCCCAGGCCCACAGGCCCAGGCCCACAGGCCCAGGCCCACAGGCCCAGGCCCACAGGCCCAGGCCCACAGGCCCAGGCCCACAGGCCCAGGCCCACAGGCUCAGGCCCACAGGCUCAGGCCCACAGGCUCAGGCCCACAGGCCCAGGCCCACAGGCCCAGACCCACAGGCCCAGGCCCACAGGUCCAGGCCCACAGGCCCAUGCCCACAGUUCCAGGCCCACAGGCCCAGGCCCACAGGCCCAGGCCCACAGGCCCAGGCCCACAGGCCCAGGCCCACAGGCCCAGGCCCACAGGUCCAGGCCCACAGGCCCAGGCCCACAGGUCCAGGCCCACAGGUCCAGGCCCACAGGUCCAGGCCCACAGGUCCAGGCCCACAGGUCCAGGCCCACAGGUCCAGGCCCACAGGUCCAGGCCCACAGGUCCAGGCCCACAGGCCCAUGCCCACAGGUCCAGGCCCACAGGUCCAGGCCCACAGGUCCAGGCCCACAGGUCCAGGCCCACAGGCCCAGGCCCACAGGCCCAGGCCCACAGGCCCAGGCCCACAGGCCCAGGCCCACAGGCCCAGGCCCACAGGCCCAGGCCCACAGGCCCUUCUUCCCUUCACUCCUCUUUCCCUUUAUAGUAUUCUUCCCGAGGUCAAUGGGCCACGCUGGGUCAUAAGGUUCUGA